AUGCCUUCAAGCACGUCACAGGAUGGCAAGGGGAGACAAUCAUCCGCCGGCAAGUUCUUUGGACGCAGGCUCCACAAGGACAAAGCCAACCCCAAUGAUUCUUUCCUGGCACCGGCCACGCAGAGUCCACCGGGCAGCGCUGCUGGCUCACAAUCCUCUCGUCACUCCCACAGACACUCCAGCUCGGUGGCCUCGAUAGACCGACCUACCUCGAUCGCCGUGGACCCAGGCCUAGCAAUGCAUGCUGGCAUCAUGUCCUCGAUGGGCUCAUACGAUCCUACUCCGCAGAGGCACACCGAAGACUCCUCCCGGCAUGGCGAACCGCUGCCGCACCACCUGAAUAAGGGCGGAGGAGACUUUCACCAAUAUCCCGUCUUCAACCCAUCCGCCCCGCCGCCUUCCAACGGCUCUGCUCCUCGCCCCCCUCCUCACGCAGGGGGUACUACAAUCGCGUCUAGCCAGCCCGGCGACCGAGGCGUGUCGAUGCAGCAAUGGGGCCAGGGACGCGGCAGCAACGGGAAUGCUAAUACUAAUAAUUUCACAUACGCAGGCACCGACUCGUCCGCGAACACGCGCACGUCGUCCGACCAAGCCAGCAUAUACUCCAAUGACUCCAAAUCCCGCCACUCGAACAUAUACUAUCCUAAUAACGCAUCGCAAUCUACUUUCUCUUCAAUCGGCUUGGACGCAGGGAGCCUCCUUCCCACCGCAAUCGCGACCCCCCGCGAUUCCCACCGCAAUUUGCUACAUUCGAGCCCCUCGCAGGGAGUAUUUGGACAAAACACGUUCAGCAUUCAAAGGCCGCCGGACCAUGUAGUGGAGCAGGAAUUCAUGAACUUGAUGGUCAAGAGAGGGUGGAAGAGUUUACCGGAACAGGCAAGGCGACAGAUGGAGGCUUACAAAAUCGACAAGAAGUGGACGUUGGUGUACCAGGACAAGUUGGCUGAAUAUAAACAUGAAGAGAAGAAGAGACAAACAAAUCGCAAUACGUAUUUCCCCGGAAACCCAGACAUCUUGGCUAGAGCUGAGGAGGAAGGAUCGCCGGAAUGGUAUGUCAAGAAGGUUAUGGAUAACUCCAUCACCGUCAAGCAGAUGUCGAGUUUGGAAAUCAGUCUAAGGACGCAACCUAUUGCCUGGGUCAGAGGUUUCAUCGACGCACAGGGCCAGAUCGCGCUCACCAAUGUACUUGCCAAAAUCAAUCGAAGGAAAGGACAGGGCCCGUCUCCAGUACCCAGCACACUCCAACAGAAGGCCGAGAAUGAUGUCGAGCGGGAGUAUGAGAUCAUCAAGUGCUUGAAGGCUUUGAUGAACAACAAAUACGGAGCCGACAAUGCCCUUGCACAUCCCAACAUUAUCCAGGCACUUUGCGGAUCGUUAACCUCGUCUCGAUUAAAUACGAGAAAAUUGGCUUCGGAUGUCCUUACCUUCCUUUGCCAUUGGGGAGAAGGUCAGGGUCAUGAGAAGGUGCUUCAAUCACUCGACAAUCUCAAGUCGCAAUAUGGAGAAAAUGGACGGUUCGAUUCAUGGAUGCGCGUGGUCGAAGUCACAAUUGAUGGUCGAGGAAAAUUGGGCUCUAUGGUUGGUGCCUCGGACGAAGUGCGAAGUGGAGGUAUCGGUAUCGAGAACCUGCUCAUGGAAUAUGCGAUUGCAACACUUUUCUUGAUCAACAUGAUUGUGGACGCACCGGAACGGGAUAUUCAGCUUCGUGUCCACAUCAGGGCACAGUUCACUGCAUGCGGUAUCAAGCGCGUCUUCUCGAAGAUGGAAGGCUUCCAGUACGAGGUCAUCGACAAGCAGAUCGAACAUUACCGAGCCAAUGAAGCCAUUGACUAUGAGGACAUCCUCGAGCGCGAGAACAGCUCCAUGGUUGAUAGUAUCGAGGGAGAAGCCAAGGACCUUAACGACCCUUCACAGAUCGCGGAUGCCAUCAUGCAGAAGAUUGGAGGCAGCAGGAGCCAGGACUACUUCCUUUCGGCUAUGCAACAUUUGCUUCUCAUUCGUGAUACAGAUGGUGAAGAUCGUCUCAAGAUGUUCCAAUUGGUCGACUCCAUGCUGAGUUACGUCGCAAUGGACCGUCGACUACCUGAUAUGGAUCUGAAGCAAAGUUUGAAUUUCACUGUCCAGUCAUUACUCGACAAGUUAUAUACCGACUCCGAGGCCAGGCAGGUUCGAGAUGAGGCCAUUGAGGCAAGACAGAUUGCCGAUUCGGCCAUCGCAGAACGCGAUGAGAUGAAAGCCCAGCUUGAACUUGGUGCAGAUGGCAUGGUUCAAAGACUUCAGAAGCAGUUGGAAGAGCAAGCGCGAAUCAUCGAACUCCGUGGGCGCCAGGUUGAACAGAUGAAGGCGGAAUUGGCGGAGGCACAACGGAUACGAGCCCAAGAGUUACAGCGCAACGAGUUGGAGACCCGUGAGCUGUAUCUCAUGCUUAGGGACGCUCAGGAUGUGGCAGCUUCUGCAGCGAAGAAGUCAGGCAAGGAAGGCUUGGGAGCCACGGACCCUACCCAGAUGCAGGGUAUUAUGGAUCGCGAGCGCUUGAUGAACAGACUCGAAAUCCAGCUGCAGAGAGCCCGGACGCAAGCGACACUCGAGGGCAAGGCUUUCCAGCAGGUCGUGCCCAGCGAGAAACUCCGAGAAUUAAGAGAAAGAAUGGAAGGCGCUCCAGGAGAAGCCACCGAACAGGACUUUGGAGGACUCAACCCCAGCUACCUUGGUUCGGCGAGGGCGAAGAGUGGUGUACCACGUAGGAAGCCUGUUGCAAGGAACGAUGAUGAUGAAGACGAAACCAUGUUGGAAGAUAACGAGGACGACGAUGACAUUAUCAUCGAGAAGCCCAGGCUGGUGCAGAUGCACAAGCCUAAGCUUAGUGCCAACCAGGCUACAGGUCUCCUUGGUGAGAUCGCAGCCAAAGUCAAGAAAAUCGAUGCCGACGAUGAAGUUACUGGUGGAGAUGCAACUGCAGACGCAUCUGGGCCAGCUUCAUCAGAUGCUCCAAAGAUUGGUGCACCCAUCCCACCACCUCCUCCUCCGCCACCAGGGAAGCUUGGAUUCUCCAACAGCAUCCCUCCUCCCCCACCAAUGCCCGGUGCAAAGGGUGUUCCCCCUCCACCACCACCUCCACCUCCAGGUCAGCUCGGAUUUCCAGGUAAGAUUCCUCCCCCACCGCCUAUGCCAGGGCAAACAGAUGGCUCAGCGCCUCCUCCGCCUCCUCCGCCUCCCCCUCCCCCUAUGCCAGGAGCCAAAAGGCCAGGGUUUCUGCCGAAGAACAGCUUCACCUCGGCCCCAACCAUCAAUCUGCCAGGUGUGCGACCUAAGAAGAAGCUCAAGGCCUUGCAUUGGGAGAAGGUGGAUGCUCCCCAUUCGACAGUAUGGGCAUCGCAUGCGCCAACUUCAGAGGAGAAGGAGGAGAAAUACCGAGAACUCUCGAACAAAGGUGUCUUGGAAGAAGUUGAGAAGCUCUUCCUCGCAAAGGAGAUCAAGGCGAUCGGCAAGAAGGGUGGCAAGAAAGACGACAAGAAGCAGAUCAUCUCCCGCGACCUCAUGCACAACUUCCAGAUCAGCAUGGCCAAGUUCUCUACGUACUCAGCGGAUGAACUUGUGAACAUGAUCAUCCACUGCGACAAGAAGAUCCUGGAUGACCCUGUCGUGAUGGAGUUCCUACAGAAGAAUGACUUCUGUGAUAUCCCGGACAACACGUCCAAGCUCAUGGCUCCAUAUUCGAAAGACUGGACGGGUGCCAAUGCUGCCGAAAGCAAGCGCGAGCAAAACCCCGAGGAGCUCACCAGGGAAGAUCAGAUCUACCUUCUGACUGCCUACGAGCUCCAUCAUUAUUGGAAGAGCAGAAUGCGGGCUUUGGCACUCACGCGAACGUAUGAGACGGAGUAUGAUGAAAUUUCGGCGAAGCUUCUCGAGGUCUCGCGAGUGGCCGACAGUCUGAGAAGUUCGUCCAGUUUGAUCAGUGUGCUUGGUUUGAUCCUUGAUAUCGGUAACUUCAUGAACGACGCCAACAAGCAAGCCAAUGGCUUCAAACUCUCCACCCUUUCUAGACUUGGAAUGUUGAAGGAUGACAAGAACGAGUCUACCUUUGCAGACCUUGUUGAACGCAUUGUCCGAAACCAAUACCCAGGAUGGGAGACAUUCACCGAUGAGAUUGGCGGCGUCAUUGCAGCCAAAAAGAUCAAUGUCGAACAGCUCAUCGGCGACGCCAAGAAGUACAUCGACAAUAUCAAGAACGUUCAGAUGUCGCUCGACGCCGGUAAUCUGUCGGAUCCCAGCAAAUUCCAUCCCGAAGACAAGGUUGCCAUCGUCGUGCAGCGUAAUAUGAAGGAGGCAAGACGCAAGGCGGAGCAAUUGCAAGUGUUCCUCGAGGAUAUGCAGAAGUCAUAUGAUGAUAUCAUGGCUUUCUACGGAGAAGACCCACAGGACGACAGUGCCAGGCGCGAUUUCUUCGCUAAGCUGGCUCAAUUUGUCCUCGAGUGGAAGAAAUCCAAGGAGAAGAACAUCCAGAUGGAGGAGACACAUCGCCGCAACGAAGCCUCGAUGCGCCGCAAAGCAGGGGCAAGUCCUUUGUCUGUCGGCCUUGCUGCGGACUCAGAUGCGCCCAAAUCUCCGGCUUCAACGGGUGCCAUGGACGACCUGCUCCAGAAACUACGUGCUGCAAAGCCAGAAGCGCGAGACCAACGCGAUCGUCGACGACGUGCUCGCCUAAAGGACCGUCAUCAAGUUCGCGUCGCGUCCGGGCAACAGAUUCCCGAGCUCGAAGUCAACAUGGACAACGAAGAGGGCGCCAGCAACGACCCUACCAAGGGCAUGUUGAGCCCACAAUCGGAGACAGCAGAGAGCGACAUGUCGAAUUCAGUGACCAGCCCUACAGAGGCACCCGAUGUGGCCGACCGUGCAGCGGCUAUGCUCGAAGGCUUGCAGGGUGGGCUGAACAAGGAUGGAUCGUUGUCUGUACGACGCAGACGAGAAUCCGCAGAUUCCGAGAGGGAAAGGCGAAGACGACGCCGACAGCAAGCAACCAGUCAGCGCACAGAGGACGGAAGCAUCACAAGCCCAGGCACCAUUCCCGAGGAAGGCGAAGAAGGGUCGAAACGAACAAGCAUUGCCUCCGACGGCAACGAUGGCGCCACCACGGCAGGCGAGGGCGCCCCAGCUACCAUCGUCAGCCCCCCGAGUCCAGAGCGUAAGCCCGCAGAAGAGGAUCUGCCGACGCCGCCACCUGAAUAG